GAAUGUAUAAACCGACUCGUGGUCAUGUCUAUUUGGAAGGAAGAGACUACGGCGAAUACGAAAAUUCCAUGGAUCCCAUCGGCUUUUGUCCACAAGAAAAUAUAUUGGUAAAUUACUUAACAACGAUGCAACAUUUAUACAUAUUUGGCAUGUCUAACAUUAUUAUAAAAAUUGAAAUUAUUCUUAUUAGCAGAAACAUACGUUUUUACAAUUUAUUUCAGAUGAAAGGAAUGACUUAUAAAGAUGCUCAUUGGGAAUCAUUGAAGCUGUUGAAACAACUUGAUUUAGAAUUUGUAAAAGAUACGAAAGUAAAAGCUUGCUGCUUUAGUACACAAAGGAGAAUUUGUUUAGGAAUGGCACUUAUUGGCAAUAGCAAGAUCCUGAUCCUUGAUGAACCUACAUAUGGGAUCGAUCCUGAACAUAGAAGACAUGUAUGGGAUUUGCUUUCGGACAUAAAAAGAAAAAAAACAAUAUUAAUGGCAACGAAUUCCAUGGAAGCUGCAGAACUUCUCGCUGAUAGAAUCGCCAUUAUCGUAAAUGGAAGAAUCGAAUGUUACGGUUCAAAAAUGUAUUUGAAUCGUCGAUAUGGAAUUGGUUACGUUCUGAGUUUAUUGGUACAAGAGAACUGCAAUAUACAACGCGUUCAGACGGAAAUACAAGAAUUCUGUGCAGAUCCAAUUACUCUGCGUGGCAAGAUGGGUUUGGUAAUAAGAUUUGAUGUACCAAGAAGUAGCCGAUUUACAAAAUUACUUCAAUAUCUGAAGUCCAAUAAGGAAGAACUGGGAAUUGUGUCGGCAACACUUAGCGCUGCAAGCAUCGAGGGUCAAUUUCUCAGAAUAGGUUUAGAAAGCCAAUUUAAGGAACGUUGCAUAAGUGUACCUAACAAGUAUGAACUGAUUGUACAACGGAGACGGCAAGAUUUGCUACGAAAGGCUAAAUUAUGGGAGCGAUUAACUGGCGAUGCUUUAUGGCGACAACAGGUUCUCGCGAUGUUCUACAAGAAAUUAUUACACAUUGCUUCGUCCUGGAAAUUAUAUACGUUUUCAGUAACUCUAGCGAUUAUUACUCUCACUUUGACUACAAUGAUCGGCGAAUUAAGUAGUUUUACACUUUUCGAUACGAUCGAGAAAGUAAUGAAUUUGACGAGUUAUAUCGAUAACAAUUUUCACGUACUGUAUUAUGCAGCCGAUGACAAAUCCGCGAGAAACUUUCUUGUCACGCUGUAUACCACUGGCCAAGCAUAUAGUGACCGGCCUAAUUACCAUAUUUCCAGGAACAUUACGGCCACGGAUCUUAUGGUUCAUCCUGAUUUACAUUCAAUUGAGUUUAGGGAUUGUUACGUAAUGUCCAUCGAUAUACACGCGAAUGGGUACGUGCAACUUAUGUACUCGUCCACUGCGGUACAUAGUGGACCGAUUGCAUUAAACUUACUGCACAAUGCGUUAUUGCGUUAUUAUACCGACUCAGACGACCACUACAUCAAAUUGACAAGUCGACCUUUGGUAAAACCGGAACAGAAUAUGUUUUACAGUAUUUCAGAAAACUGCAAAGGCAAACAUUGUUACAAACAAUUAAAUGUAAUGUUGAUUAAACAAUCUGGUGCUGAAUAUCAUCAUUCAGUUAUAGAUGACAUACUUUUAAUGGUAUCUCAAAUGGUAUUUCUUCAUAUAAUUCUGGAGAUUUGCGAAGAAAAAAAUCGUCGAAAAUGGAAUAGUUAUUCUAUGCCUUACACGAAAGACAAUGAUAACGUAGACUCGGAAGUUAUAGAAGAAAAGAAGCGUGUUGAAGAACAUAUAAAACAUUAUGAUGAGACAAAAUCUUUACCAUCGCACGUUGCUCUUGUUGUACAAAAUUUAAGAAAAGAAUAUGCUGAACGAGCAGUUCAAGGAGUCAGUUUUAAUAUCUACAAUCAAGAUUGCUUUGGCUUAUUAGGAUUUAAUGGAGCAGGCAAAUCGACAAUAUACAAAAUGCUGACAGGUCAAAUAAAAAUGUCGGCUGGAAGAGCAGUGAUUUACGGAUACGAGUUUACUAGAAAUCAAGAAAAGUUUAUAGGUGCAAUAGGGUAUUGUCCGCAAACUAACGGACUGAGUGAUUUCAUGACGGGAAGACAAUAUUUGCGACUUCAUGCAGCACUUCGCGGUAUUCCUUACGAACAUCUUAACGAUGAAGUAAAUAAAUGGCUAGACGUAUUAGAUAUGUUAGACUUCGAGAAUUUAGAAAUUGCUGACUGCCCUUGGGGUGUUCAAAGAAAACUUUGUAUACUACAAAGUUUAAUCGGUGAUUUGCCGAUGGUAUUUAUGGACGAGCCUUCCGCCGGCAUUGAUGUAAUGACUAGACAUGCUCUGUGCGAAAUCUUGUAUCAAAUACGAGAAAUGGGGAGAUCUAUAUUGAUCACUACACACAGUCACGUAUUUGAUAAGCUGGAAAAGUUGAGGCAAAGAUACGUGUGGAUUACAGACUUUUCUGUUAAUCAGCCAUCCAUGGAUGAAGUAUUUUUCACUUUAGCAAAAAAACAAGAAGAACCACUCCAGAAAUUAACACUUUAUAAACGUUUGCGUUUGUGGAUUGUGCGUACUAUAGAGUAUGUACGUAAAAUAUAGAGAAGUUUUAUUAUUGUGUACCAAGUUCUCUUGUAAAUAUAAUCAUGC